UCACAACAUUAAUGACUAGUUUGAGAAUACUUUUGUAAAAUAGCUUGUAAUAUAAAUAAAUAAAAUGUGAAUUAGCUAAAAUAUAUUUUACUUGUGUGUAAAAAUAAUUUACUAGCUCUCUCGAUAAAGUAAAUUGAACGAAUAUGAAUUACAAAAAUUGUUGCCGUACCUGCCUUGCCACUAGCAAAGAAAUGCGCCACAUACAUACGAAUAUUUCUAUUGCCGGAGAUAACGUGCGCCUCUCAGAUAUCUUGCAAACAUUCUACAGUUACGAGAUUUUACCUAAAGACAACAUCUACCCAGAGUAUAUUUGCAUCAACUGUGUUCAUCAACUAACUAUAACAUACUCAUUCAAAAUACUAAUUCAUAGAAAUGCUAAAACCUUAGCCGACAACUCAAACUUGUUAGACUCCAGUGAUCAGUAUGACUGCUGUUUCGAGUCUGAUGAUCACAGACAAGACUGCAAAAUCAAGAGGUACGACAAGAGGAAAGUAGUGAAUAGACUAAAAACAAAAUUGAAUUCCGAUCCCGAAAUACAACCUUUAUUCUGUGUCGAAUGUAAAACGGAAUUCAAUUCGGCUAAAUCUCUUAAUGAGCACUGCUCAAAGAACCAUCCAGUAAAAUCCUCUAUUGGCAGAGACUGUGAGUAUUGCAAUGAGAAAUUCGAUGAUUUCCGUUCACUUGUACUCCAUAGGAAACUUCAUUUGAAGCCGUACAUAUGUGAGAACUGCUGGGAAGGUUUCUAUAGUACGGACCAAUUAAAUUCGCACUCUUGUCAGCCAAAUAUUGAUGGGAAAGACAAAGGCAAGUCGGAGAAGGUGUUACGUCAAUGUGACCAAUGCGGUAAAUCAUAUCCUACUGGCUAUAUCAGAAUACAUAUGCUGACACACAGCAAUGAUCGUCCGUACAGCUGUAAAUUCUGCCCAAAAAAGUUCAAAGUACCUGGUGGCUUACAUUCCCAUAUACUCUGGAAUCACAAGAGGACAAGGAACCACAAAUGCGAGGUGUGCAAUGCAACAUUCAUAUCGUCCAGUUCGCGGAGUUCGCACAUAAGGAAGAAUCAUUUGAAAGAGAAGAAGUACAGUUGCGAUAGUUGCGGAAAAAGAUUCUUCUCCAAAUCUGAGUUGCAACGACAUUCAUUGACGCACACCGGAGUGAAGAACUUCCACUGCCACCUCUGUGACAAGUCAUAUCAGACUCGUUACGGACUGAACGUACACUUGAAGUCACAUUCGCAAAUAUCUAUGAAUAUUCUAAACUUGUAGUAUGAUAACUACUUAAAUUAUUUGAUCUCAUUUUUAUUUAUUUUUAAUUUUUAAAUACAUGUUUUUUUUUUAAUUUAUUAAAGUAAUUACACUUAUUAUUAAA